AUGUCUGCCACUUCGAUGACAUGGCCUUCGGGUGUGAGCCCUCCUCUUACAACGAAUAAUGACCAUGACCAUAGCGGACUGAUUGUAGUCAUCACUGCAACCAGCUUGUCUCUGGUUUUGUUCUCUCUCGCAGCACGCACCUUCUCUUCGUACCAUAGGAAUAGCCUGCAACGAGAUGAUUAUACAUUUGGAGCUCUCGUGCUUGCAGCAAUUGUCCAGAUUAUCAUCGUGUUUUGCCAGGUCCACUACGGGUGGGGAACUCCGAUCGAUAGCAUCGAGGCCACGAGCAAAGAGCAAAUGUUGAAGAUAGUAUAUGCUGCCGAUAUCUUCUCCAUUAUUGUGCUCGGUCUUUCAAAGAUGACAACCUGCAUGUUCUAUGAGGGCCUAUUCUCCCAGAUACAACGUCGGCUUUCCCAUGUCAUUCUUCUGAUCAUGGUCGCUUGGACGAUAAUCUCCAUGCUUUUGUUGGGAAUUAGGUGUUCUUCGAAUCCCUGGUCUGAAAUCAGUGUUGCUCAAUGCGGUGGAUUGCGCCCCCGUUGGGAAGUCAUCACAGCCCUCGACAUUUCCACCGAGAUUUUACUUCUUGUGUAUGCCGCACUUGCAAUUAAUCAAGUCAGGAUUUCGACAAAGAAAAAGAUCGUGGUGUUUUGCGCUCUCGAGAGUCGAAUUUUACUCAUCCCUAUGGCGGCAGUUCGGCUACACUUCAUCCUGGCCCAGCUCUCCUCGAAAGAUCCAACUCUCCUUGGGUCCUUUGCCACAGUCUCGACGGAGGUAUACGUCGGGCUAAGUGUUACCUGCCUCUUGACAGCCUUCCUCAAAUCCUUCGUCGCAGUCUAUGAGGACGAUAUUGGCAUAUCAUAUACCUAUCGGGGGCCGUCGAAGUCUGAAUCAAAAGGCACUUCCCAGUCUGAUUCUCGGUCGAGAAUUGCCGCGUCUAAGGAUGCGCCGUCUCGCAGGCUCUCUCGUAGUGUGAGAAUACAGCGAGGAGUAAAAGGCUGGGAGCGAGAAGAAGACCCAAUCAUUGAAUCAUCCGAGGGUAUUCAAGGGUUACAUAUUAUGAAGACUGUACAUUUAAGCGUGCGAGAAGAGUCUAUAGAGCUAUCAGAGCGAGAUGGAACUAUAGGUGUCGAAUAA